UCAACUGACAACUUAACCUUAAAAUAUUAGUCAAAAUUGCAAUUAUUUUAAAUACGUGAUGGCGGGCUUGAAAUUUAAAACCGUAGCCCUUGUGAGCUCCUUCGGUUUAAGUUCCUUCCUUGCUGGUAGUUAUUAUCAGCGAAAAUUCUCUCAAGACCACCCUAACCUCAAACAAUUCCCGGGGCUUCCAAUUUUCGGGACUGUCUCAGCUGCCACGCCUGUUUCACCCGUCCCGUCCCAAACUAACGUAAGCCGUAUUUCCCAAAUCAUGAAAUACGGGUUUCCGGGUCUUGACAACAUCCGAUCUUUCGACAAUUACGUUUUGAGUUACGAUAAGCGAAAUCGGGUGGCUCAUUGGGUUUUCGAGCACAUUACGGCCGAAAGUAUCAAACCGAACGAAGGGGUGGAUCGGUCCUUGUGCGAUUUUAAGCCCGACGAAAGCAUACAUCCGUAUUUUCGGUCCCUCAAUUCGGAUUAUUUGAAGUCGGGGUAUGACCGGGGGCACUUGGCGGCGGCCGGGAACCAUAAAUGUAGCCAGAAGCUGGUCGAGCAGACUUUUUAUUUGUCCAAUAUGGCCCCACAAGUGGGGGUUGGGUUUAAUAGAGACGCGUGGAAUAAGUUGGAGAGAUAUGUGAGAAAGUUAACGAGGACUUAUGCUAACGUUUAUUGCUGCACCGGCCCUUUAUACUUGCCUAGGAGAGAAUCAGAUGGGAAAAAUUACGUUAAAUAUGAAGUCAUAGGUGCAAAUCACGUCGCAGUCCCUACACAUUUUUUCAAAGUCGUAGUUUGUGAAACAAAUGAUGGUAAAUUUGAAAUGGAGUCUUAUGUAAUGCCCAAUCAGGCUAUUAGUGAUGACACCCCCUUGACAAGUUUCAGGGUUCCCCCUGAAAGUAUUGAAAAGGCAGCAGGACUUUUAUUUUUUGACAACAUAGCGAGGAGUAAAAUAAGUAAAAUAAAUGGUAAAAAAAUUUAAUUAGUGAUUAACUAAGUUUUAAAGUGUUUGUUGCGUCAAGUAUUUUAUUUUUGUUGA